CAGGGGGUGGAGAGUAACACUGGAGAGCAGCAGUGGUCCAACCCCUCAGAAUCUGAAAAGCAUCACAGGAGCCUCUGGAUAAAGACCAGCCUCAGUAGCAAGGCUAGGAGAGACAGAGAGGAUUUCUGCUCAGGGAUAAAACAUGAAACACAUGUGAGGAAGCAGUAUGGAGCUCAAGAGAGGAAAGACCUUCAUUAAAUCCAGCGUGCAACAUGAGAAGGUGCCACCAGUACACACAGUUCCUAUCAACAAAGACGACACUGGGAAAGACAAAAAGGCAGCUCUGGAGGGAAACCACAGUGUAGCUGAAGUCCAGCUGGCAUGUUUGGCCACACACAAGAACUACAGAUUUUCUACCAGGGCAGCAAGGAAUGGAGCUGGUGACAACAGCCUGGAAAAAUCAUCUGGGUCCUCCUACAAACUUGUAAGGAAGAGUAAAACCCACGACUGUGUUAGUGAGGCAGACAAAACAGAGCAGUGCAGCCCCAGCAGGGCAUGUGAGGAAGGUUUUUCUGGAAAGGGUAAGGGGCGACUUGUCAAUAGUAUCAGCUUUUCGGGUAUGUCCAGCUCCAGCAGUAAGAAAGAGUGUGUGGUCAGCCCCAGCCAGUCUGCGUGCAGCAGCCAGAUGAUCGACUACAGGAACUUUGUGCCACAGAUGCCUUUUGUACCAGCUGUCGCUAAAACCAUUCCCAGGAAGAGAAUUUCCCUCAAGAGAUCUAAGAAAGGGCUCAGAGAUAUAUUUCAUAUGAAAAAAAAUAAACCAGACAGCCUUCCAUUCCUGGUUGAGAAGGAGAAGAAUCUAUCCUCUCCAGGCUGCAAGAGUGAGUUGUCUGGGCGUCUUGCAAAGUAUCUUUUCAAAACUGGAGAAAGUUUUGCAGCUGAUUGCUUGUCCCAAGACUGCUCAGACAGUGAACUGCAGUCUGACUCUUCCUAUGACUGCUGCAACACCCUUUGUGAAGAUGUCGCCUCCCUGAAGAGCUUUGACUCUCUCACUGGCUGUGGGGAAAUCUUUGCUGAUGAGAGCUCGGCUCACCUGGAGCUGGAGAACAGCAAAGAAGUUCUGCUGAGACGAGGCAAGCACAAAGACAGCCCUGUCAUGGGCUCUUUCCAAGGGGGUGUGGAGCAGUUGGCCUCUCCUGGGCAGAAUGAGACUGUUGAAUUUGCAAAGUUUUGGGACAACAUCAACAAAUCAGUGAGGCUACAUCAGAGUGCUCUGUUUGAUAAGAAGUUACUGAAGAUACCUGGUCCUGAUGUGGAAAAGGCUAGAUGCCAGGCUGCUGCAUCUGUGACAGACCCCCAAGUGUCACCUGAUAAAGACGGUGACAAUUCCAAAGAGAGCUCCACAGAAACAGGAACACCAAAAAGUGACAACCAGGAAUCCACAUCCACAAGUGAUGAAGGCUACUAUGAUUCAUUUUCUCCUGGACAAGAUGAAGAAAUGAAGGAAGCUCAGACCCCUGGGGUCCCAGGUAGAUUUCCAAGAGACAGCUACAGUGGAGAUGCCCUUUAUGAGCUUUUCUAUGAUCCAAAUGAGGUCAAAAUAAAUCCAGUUCUAGAUGAUGACUUGUGCACAUCUGAAAGCAUUUCAGAACAAGCCAUUGAAAUCCCUUUGUCCAUUUACAGCUUUCAUGUUGGAGCUGAGGAGAACAUGGCUUCGCAGCCAACUCUAGACAUUAUCAGCCAGGGUUUUUUCCACAGCACGUGGAAAGGCAAAGAAUGUUUGCUAAAGCUCUGCGAUACCGAGCUUUCAUUGACCAUGGGGAUAAUAAACUGGCUGCGAAAACACGCGGGGCUCGUUUCCUCCCCUGACUCUCUUCAGAGUCCUCAAUCACAGCCAGAAAAAUCUAGUGAUUCAUCUAUACCACCCAGCCCAGAACAGAAAGUGAGCACAGAAUCUCAGCAGGAGAAACCAAGCAAGGAAGAAUCUAAUACAUUUAACCUCUGUGCAUUGUUGGAUGAAAGCAACCGUGCCACUGAGGCCUCCUCAGUAAAUGUCGCUGAAAGAGACCACAGGCUGGACUCCUGCCCCAACACAACUAAUUUGGAUUUUCAAGGAAGUGAGGCGACUCACCACAUGGAUUCAUCUACAGUGCCUGGGACUGUGGAAACCACCAAAGCAUCAAGUUAUGCACCACAAUCACAGGCUAACGGAGAUAAUCUGCAGACAUCUUCAACUAAGAAUGAGAAGAUGGCAAUUUCAGAAGGAUGCGAGACAUCUGGAGACAAAAACCCACUGCCAGAAAAGCUGAACAGAGAGAGUGGUUCCCAGAGCUCUGAAAACCCUUCACUAGAUGAUAAUCAUGAAGUAGAGUCAUGUUACUCCUACAAGACUGCUGCAACCUCACUCCUGGAUCUCCUGGAGGACAGAAAUAAACCAACGUACCCCUCUCUCUCUAUUUCCUGUGGUAAACCACUGCAGCCUCUGACUCUCAGACGCUUCCAGAGCUAUGUUAGCCCCACAGCAACAGAGAGCAGCACUAACAUAGUGCAGCUCUUAGAGCGCUGUGUAACACAAGUGGCAUCGUUAAAAAUCAGCUAUGAAAACAAACACCUGGAAGACAAAUGCAUUGGGAAUGAAGUAAACAAUAUCAUUCGUAAGAUGUCUCAGUACAAAAACAAGUUAUUCUUGCAAAAUGAAGGUAACUGCAUUGCCCAAAAUCCAGAAUACUCCAGUAUUCCUAGCACAAACCAAUACAACUAUGAGACAAGUUUCCAAUCCGGCAGCCUGUAUAAUUUGAAGCAAAAUGUGGAGCAAAUUUGCUCUGAAGAUCAGAGAAGCAGAGCAAAAAUCCUAGGUGAGGUCACUAGAAGCAAGAUAAAUUUUGAAUAUGCCCAGCUAAACAAUCAAGCACUGUCCUAUUUAAAAGACUUUACAAUUGACCUCAGUCCAAGUGACUCUGCUGCUGCCACAACUCUUAGCAGACCAACAUUUUUACCUCUCUUUAACUCUGUCUGCUCAGAUGCACCUGCUACUUUUCCACAAACUUCACACAGCAGCUCAGUCUCUCCCACGGACCCGCUGCAGCUGGAGGAGGCCAAGCCGCGCAGCCCAGGGCCAUGGAGCUCUGCGGAGACGUCACACGUGGGUCUGGCUGGAGGGAGUGCUCUGUCCCCAAACCUGCAGGCUGUGACCCUGGGGACAGCAGCGACAGGGAGGAACCACCAGUAACGCACCUGCGUUGAGAAGGAUCUGCCACGUUUGGAACAACACUGUGGAUAUGGCUGCCUGGCCACAGGCUGCUGGCAGCACUCAGCUCAGAUUCCUCACCACCAGGUCAUUAAAUCCUCUUACUACUUAAUAAAAACAUAAAAACUAUGCCCUGCUUCUUUCCCUCUGGAGUGAUAACUGGAUAUCAGACAGAGCUCUCUACUGCAGUCCUGAGGCGUGAGCUGCUACACAAGGGGUCACAGGAGAAAGCCGCAGAUCUGCAACGUUAAGUCACAGGGCAGACAGACAUACCCUGUCCUGCAGUUGUGUGUAUGGUGUGCCCUCAAGCACAAGGGAAAGCACGCAAUACUCUGCUGCUGCUGCCAAGUGUACCAAAAGGGUGUUCUCCUAACAGGGCUGCAAGCUUCAAAUCUGUCUCCAGUAGACAGAGCUGGUCUCUGGCCAAACAGUGCCGUGGCAGGGCAAGAGCUGAAGCCAAGGCAUGCUCCAUGUGUAAAGCUUGACAGGCUUCUCCAGAGAGGGAUUCUAGGCUCUGUGCUCCACCUCAAGCUUUUGAAAAUCCUUGAACCACACUUACUGGAUAGGGAGAUGCAGAAUUUGUUCUCUGACAUAGGGUAAGAAACACCUCUGUUGUAAAACAGAAAGAGCUGCUCAAGUACACAGCCAUGGUGCUGGUUCAGAUUGGCUUGUCACACAAGGUUUUAGGCCAGAGCAGACACCAUCUGUACGUACUGCUCUGACUGUGCCAGGUGAGAAAUCCUCUGUCCUCCAGUCGCCGAGAGGAAUCUGUCCUAGAAGUUUAAACCCAUGAAAAUUUUCUGUCACGUGUCCCAGCAACUCUGACAGAUUGGCUGGACUCUGCCCAGCCCCAGCACUCCAAGAAACAGCCUUUGGAGGUGGUGGAAGAUGCAGAGGAGGCUGCAGCACGGGCCAGGAGAGAGAAUUAAGGAGCAGCUCAAUAUUGAAUGGAGGAACCCAGAGAACACAAUGCUUCUUGUUGCUCACAGCAGUGUAACUGUUUUCUGGUCAUUUCUAAGAGCUUCCCAAACAGCACAAACUAAAAAGGACAGUAUUUCUCUCUGCAUGAGGCAGAAACACCCUUACGUUUUCAAGUGUUGGGAGAUUUGGCCACCUGCUUUGCUGUUUACAUCUUUGUGAAAGUGCCCUUCCCCACUAACACGUCUGCCAUCGCACAGAGGCUUAUUUUUCAGGGGUCUGCAUCAGGUUAAUGGCCAGAGACUGUCAGUCAUCAAUACCAUUUACUAAUGCAUCAUGUAGUUACUACCUGUUCAUCAGUGAACUGGGUCUUCCUUUAGUGAGAGAAGUGAUUUUGUUUUGUUUCCAUUUUUGUUGCAAACUAUCCUGCAAACAAUGCUGACUAGCAAGCCAUCUUCUUGUGCCCCCAGAUUUUUAGGCAGAACUUGCCAUCCAAGCACACACCAUAGUCCUUCGAACUACUUGCCUCUAUUAGAUUAUUUCUGAAAUGAAAAAUUCAGUGUAGGCAAGGGAAGACUUCUAGUCAUAGCUAGUAUAUGUAAGAAACUGGUGCUAGGCACAGAUUUUUAAGGUUAGAAGAGCAGUUCAAUGUAUGAAUUGGCCUGAUAUUUUUAGUUUGUUGUGAAUAUUAGUCUACAGGGUACUGCUAAGAAUAUCGCUGCCUGCGCAGGCUGGGAACACACAAAGGGAUUCUAAUUUUGAGGAGUCACUUGCUUCCUGGUAGAAACAGAGAAGGGAGUCAUAGCUGCCGAGACUGUCAGAAGCAGUAACAGACUGACUCUUCACACGGUACAAGAUACACUGCAAGUAGACAUUACAGGGGCAUUUUCUACUGCAUUGUCUCAAAUGGCAGCUGCUAUGUGCCACCAUGUGUCAGCACUGACACUCACGGUGUCAGGAAUGUGACACAGUUCAUACGCUACCACCUCAGUCCCAGAAAGAUGAGAAUUCAAGUUUUUUCCAAAAGGGAUCUGUUGAUUUUUGAUCGAGGCUUCUCCAACAGUAAAAUGAAUGGCAUCUUAAAAUGCAGAUGGGAUUUGCAUAUUCAUAAAGUGACUUUGAGGAAUGGUCUCAUUUUAAGGGAUCAUUUCACUACAGGCUUUGUUACAAAUGUAUUACAGAAAAAUAAUUUAGACAAUAAUUAAAAUGGCAUUUAACACAGUUAAAGGAAAUGUCUGUGGUGAUAGAUAUAAACACUGCCAUGUGACUGAAUUUUCCUACCCGGUAUCUUCUUGCCCGCCUACAUUAACAGAUGGCCUACAGGUUUGCCGGAAAUUUUGAUUCUUUUUGAAGGUGACUCAGGAUCUUCGUCUUAAUCACGGGGAUGGUAGUGUAACUGAGGUGACGUAUAAACACGAUGUCAUCUCUGAAUCCAUGGAGACAGACAUCAUCGAGAAACACUCCUACGCUGGACAUGACUGUGCAAACCCCAAGAGCUUAUACACAAAGAAUGCUCCAAGGUUCACUGUUUUAAAACUCCACACUCAGGUGCUGUGAGAGACGUGACCGAGGCAGAGGCAGCUGCAGAAGUUUGUGCUUUUUGACUGGAUGUUUUCCAGCAGGAAACUCCAUCCUGAACAAGGGAACGCUGUCCUAGAGCAGUGCGUUGGGUUGACUUUUCCUGGCUGUUGAAAUCUCUGGGACUGGCCAAACAGGCAGACAACACUGCAUGUCAUAGCCGCAGAGAGAACAAAGCACUCCCUGAAAACAACUGUGUUUCAGACCACUGAGCCACUUCUACCACAUAACAUGGUUUGAACUGUAUCUUCCAUUAACUGGUAGAUGUGGCAGAGCCACAAAACCCACGUGUGCUCCCAACAGUACGUGCUCACCUAAUUCAAAUGCUGAACCGCCACAUUAUGCACCAAUUGAAGCUUUGGAUGUGUUUCAGUGAUAGCACUAAAAGGAAUAUGUUGCAAUAAGCUUGGCCUCAGGUCAGAAAAAAAUAGAUAACUGUCAGAGGGAUUGCCAUAAUAGAUAGGGCAGCUGUACAUAAAAGACGACAGUAUGGCAUACAUUAUUGCUGUUAUCGAGGAACUGAGAUUCAAAAGCAGAUAAAAAUACAGCCUAGACACUGCAAAGUGACAGAUGAAUGUGUAUCUGGUCCUCACCAACUGAAAGGCUACUCGCAGUCUAGGCAAUUUCUGUAAAGCUCUUUAUUCCAUCCCGGUUCAACUUCAUUCCCUCUGUCUUAAAUAAGGUUGCAUUUCUUCCAGAGAGAUAUUUCCCUGUCUGUCAGGCACAGGGAAGGCAGACUACAGUAUCUGGAUUUGAUAAAAAGGAAAAGCAGAAUGGAGCCUCAUCUGCAUAUAGGCAAUUGUCUGAUAUAUGGUAUUAUUUCUCGAAAUAGCCAGAGAGGUGCUUUAAUGGGUAAAAAAAUAAAGACAGAAUCCCUCUGCACACAGCAGAGUAAGAGUAUGGUAACACAUUCAAAGCCCGGGGUAAGAAAUCCAUAUAUUUCCACACUCCCCCUGUGGCGUAGCAAUUGGCUCCUCUCUCAAGUCUCACAUGGCGUAAUGUAAAAACGAUAAAAUGCGGAGAGAGCCAGCACAUUUUCUGCAUUGGAAAUGCCUCUGGCUCUGAAACAAAUACCUUUAUAACGUGAGGUGCCCAGAUCAUCUUGCACUGAACCAGACACUGAAAUCUCAUCUGACAGUCCACCAGCCACAUGUGCACACAUGCACACACGCACACGUUCCUGUUCAGACAAAUGCAUCACAAAGUACAAAUAUACCAUUUGUCACAUAUGGUACCACAGAGGCAAAAAGCAGGGAGACAGAGGUGACAGGCCACUGCCUCUGCUAAUACAUUUGAGUGUUAGUCACCAUGUGCCCAGAUACUUGGGUUAAAUGCUAAAUUAAACAAUUUUCUCCUUCAUUAAGCACUGUUGCUUCUGGACUUGGCUCUGUCUCACUGUACUGUCUUCAUGGGACUUUGUCAUCAAUGCUUACUCUAUCCAAAAUCCGAAUUCUGUCAGGAGGAAGAAAUGUUCUUGCCAGCUUAUUUGCUAGAGAAGGGUUUUUUGACACUGUUAUCAGCACAGAUGAUAUCUUAAACAGCAGAUGCACUAUAAUGUUGUUAAAUGUGUUUCAUUUUAAAACCAAAGAAAUUGAUUUGCUGCUUUACCCGCUAUUGCUAUUGCAGUAGGCUGGUUUCCAUGGAUACAGUAUUACAGAGACUCUACUUUUCCCCUGUUGACAACAGUACAGAAAGCUAAAUUCUCAUCUUCGUUGCACCAGCAUAAAUUUGAAGCCAGGGGAAUGAUUCUCAGAUUUAACCCUGAGAGCAGAAGCUGGCUCCCAGUCUCCUUCAGCCUUGAAUGGGAGAUUUUCAGGGAGAUGGCGAUGGAUGGAAAAAAGAAAAGAAAAACAGUUUCUGUGGACAGCAGCAUGGGCUGAGGGACAGGACAUAUGAAACAAAUACAGUGCUUUUCUAUGAGAAAUGGGGAAAAGUCAAGGCAGAAUGAAAAACAAAACAAACCAACCAGAGAAAACCCAACAAAACAAAACCAAACCCCCCUGCUUAUUCAGAGGCUUAGUGUCUUGCCUGACACAACUGCAAAAAUACAAGUCAAGUUUUGGCUAUAGAAGUCUGGCUAUAGAAGACCUUAUAAUUAUCUAUAUGGAGUCGGGCCAAACAUCACUCCAUUUGUUUAAAUGACGGAAUGAAUUAGUUAUUACUAUUCUGACAAAAACCUGCUUCACUUCUGUUUUGCUGUGGUGGCCGGGAAGACGUCAGGGUGGGAAGAAGGAGGAAGCAAGAGACUCGUAUCCAGUUACAGAGCAGGCGUCUUCCUUUAAAGAGGAGAGAAUCCAGCCCCGUCUGGAUUGCAGUCGUGGAGACACUGAAUGCAAAGCAGAUCCUCAGCUUGAGAAUGCUCUGUACAAACCUGAUGGCAUUUAUAGUCACCAGCUGGCAAGUAAAAAAGAGUAAGAGGAAGACCCUGGUAACCUUGUCUUUUUGACCUCAUGUGUAAAACCUCUAGUUCUGUUCCUUCCAUGCAGAGAGGGGCAGAAGCAGAGUCCUCCAAACAGCACUGCAUCCCACCCCUGCCCCCGGCUGCAGCAGGUGCUUGGAAAAGGAGUGUCAGAAAGAGGAAAAAUGGACAAUUUUGAAACCUGAAAUAACCAACUUCCCGUCUUCUGGCAACCAGCACCCUCUGAGCAAGACAGCGGCUCCUCCUGGAUGUCUGGGUUUAGCGUUCCCUAUUCCAAACUUAAUUAAGUGUACGAACUUCAAAGCUUUCUAAUUUGUGUUAUGAAAUUUUAUUUUGUUUAGUGUGUGUCUCUCAGGCACCUCUCAAAAUCAGAUGUCUAUUGUGCCUGUAUGUAUCAAUUUUGCUUUGUAAAACUUCAAAAACAUUCCUUUUGAAUUUC